AUGGCUCGAAUGAAAUUGGCUUUCAUCUUCUUAACUGUCAUUGCCAGUACCACCAGCAUAAAUGCUAUCAACUGGACUUUCUGGAGGGAUGACGACGAUUCGCCAGCAUCGACCGACACAAACAACGAGAACAAAAUUCUAUCGCCAGAAACCCUUACAGAAAUGAUGGGCUCCGACUAUAUGGACCGUGUAAGGGAGAUGAUUUACUCUGGAAAGGGCUCAGCCUCCAGCUUUGACUCUGACUCUGGGUCUUCGUCCAGUCCGGCGUCUAAUCCACCAAUAUCCACCAACUUUUCGGACGAUUCAGAUGACUCGGAAGAUGAGACUAACAAACACGCUUUGUUGCUGCCAUCUUCUUGGGAUGUGUCAAUGCCGCCAAUGAACACGAUAGCGACACCAUCAACUGCCGUGAGUACUGCAAGAUCAACAUUUCGCAAUUGGGUUGGUCCUUGGAGUCAAUCCGGCGACUCAGCCUGCUAUCGAGAGGCGCAUUUUAUGAACACCUGUCCAAAAAACUACGAUCGCAAUGACCUGACAAACACAUGUUGGACGGAAUGUCCGAUGGAAUAUCCUGUUGAGUGUGGCAUGCAGUGCAUUCAGGAAAAUAACGAUUGUGUCCGUGAACACGGUGCCAAAGUGUCUGCAUUGGCCAUGGCAAUCUUAAGUUCAGCAAGUUUUGGUGUCUUUGGCGAGUUAGCCAAAAUUAGCAAGACUUUGAGUUGGGCUGUCAUUUGUGCUGAUUUCCUUUUGAUUUUCGUAAGAGCUGUCAUCCGUUUUGCUCGAAACCAGAUGGUCAACGACCCUCAGACGACGACUGAAAAACUUUUGCUUUUGCUGUAUCAAACCAAUUAUGUCGUCGCAGAUCUUCCAGCUACCAUUCUCAUCUGUUCUGGCAAGACGCCUUCCAAGACCCUUCAACUCACGCGUCUCCUUUUGCCUACCGUGCAGUAUAUCUUGCUCUUGGUUCUCAGUUAUAAAGAAGAUCUUCUCGUAAGUUGGGAUAAGUUUAAAGCAUUCAUGAAACACGUCAACUUUACACAAGCAGCAGAUCAGCUUACAGAGGGUGAGAUUAUGAGCUUAGAGUCAGGCAUGAAGCAAAAUUCGACAUGUGGCGAUGAUCUCAAGACGUUAACGACUCAUCGGCUCGUCAUGUCCUGUGUACGUCUGUCGCGCAUCUCACCAACCUUAUGCGCCUUAUAUCCAUCUGACAACACACUAACUCCAAUCACGAAUGGAUUACGCCGUUGUAUGAGUGCUAAAUCGCUUCCAUCUCCAUCGUGUAUGCAAGUAGCAGACCUUUUGGAGGUGGCUAAGCAAUUCCGAAGCAAAGAAACAAAUUACAUUCAUGAAGAUCAAACGCUGGAUGAAGCUGUGAAGUGUCUCACACAGAAUGAAAAUUCCGCUACUCUUGUGGUAGUAAAUAAACAACAUCAAGUUGUGGGGCUUAUAACAAAUAGAUUGGCAUUACAAAAGGUAGUGCGGAUGCAUUCUAAUGGCAAGCGGACGGAUUGGAACGUUAAGGUGUCGGAAGUGGCGAUUCCAGCUCGCAAAGUGUUGUAUGUAUCUCCUGAAGACUCAUUAGAAGAUUGUCGAGCUGUGAUGGCAUUAUCUGGAGUUGGGGAGUUGCCAGUAUUACGUGGGAGCAAGUUGCUUGGUACUGUAUCAUUAAUAGAUAUUGCAUCAUUGAUUCAUCGCCACGAUGCACAGUUUAAUCCCGAUCCUACAAGCGCCAAAUCAGACUACAUCAACUUAAUUCUUCCGCGUAAGGGGUUACCUGCAAACACAUCACUCGACCAAACGGUCGUUCAACAUGAGCACGUGCAUCGAAACUACUGGACAACUUAUCUUCGCUCAUUUGCCAUGUCAAUUCCACAUCCACAGAAAAGGGAAGCAGGAGGAGAAGAUGCCUUUUUCUUGGGUGUCGUACCUCACGGUGAGGAUCAAGGUACUCAUGGACCUGUCGAUGUCCUCGCAAUGGGAGUCGCAGAUGGGGUUGGUUCAUGGUUUGAAAAAGGCGUGAGUGCUCGUCAAUAUGCAAAGGAACUCAUGGUCGCAGCUCACCAAGCCGUACAAGUCUCAUACGCUAAAGACCACGAUAUUGAGCCGUCCGAAGUGCUGCAUGCAGCGUGGUCAACGGUCUUGCAGAGAGAAAUUGUAGGAAGCUCCACUGCGUGUGUACUUGCAUUAGACCCAGAAUUGGGUGAACUACACGGCAUUAACUUGGGCGACUCUGGUUUCUUGAUCAUUCGUGACAAGGCAUCGGAUCGUGAGACUGCGCGCUUGCGUGGCACAUUGGAUGGCUCGCUCAUGCGUAAGAUUAACAAUCGAGAUCAUGAUUUGACGCCUGCUGGACGCCGAAAAGGAGCACACGUACUUCUUUAG